AUGAGAAGUUAUGGGAAUGGUCAGCCGGUUGGAUUUGCAGAAGAAGUUAUAUGUUUAGCUGGUGAUUGGAAACGAAAUAAAACUAUAGGGGUCCUUCAGUUCGACUCAAUUGAAGCAGCACAAAGGUGGUUUAACAGUGAUCCGAUUUUUCGCCAGCAUGAUUGGCUUGAUGAUGCGGAAAUUUGGAUUGUACCUUUAGUAUCAGAGAUUAAACCAUGGAAAUACUUACAGUUGAGUUUGCUGAAAAUUACUAACGAAGAUGAAUUCAAGCAUCAAUAUUUACCUAAUUAUGGAGAAUUAGUUACAAGUUUUGGAGGAGUACCAUUUGUUUGUUCAACUUCAGACGUUGAAGUUCGUCGGGGAAUAAAAGAAAUUGAUUAUUUAAUUAUGACAGAAUGGCCUGAUGAAGAAAGUGCUCUAAAGUGGAGUCGUAGUCAACAUAUUACAAUGUGUGAAGCUUUUGUUACCCUAACAACUAACGAUGAAUAUGCUUGUGGUGCACUUGUAUGGGCAUAUUCUUUGAGAGAGGUGAAAACAACGAAAAAGCUUGUGUGUAUGGUUACAAAACAGGUUUCGAAGCACAUGAUGUCUCUCAUUGAAUCUGUGUUCGACCAUGUCGAAUUAGUUGAUGUUCUUGAUAGCAAGGACGAAACAAAUCUGGCUUUGCUGUCAAGACCAGACUUAGGUGUGACAUUCACAAAACUGCAUUGCUGGAGGCUAACACAAUACACCAAAGCCGUUUUCAUGGAUGCAGAUACUAUGGUCUUACAAAACGUCGAUGACUUGUUCGAACGCGACGAAUUUAGUGCGUCUCCGGAUCCGGGAUGGCCAGAUUGUUUUAAUUCGGGCGUCUUUGUUUACAAACCUUCUAUGGAAACAUACAAAAAGCUUCUGCAGUUCGCUGUUGAACAUGGGAGUUUUGAUGGUGGAGAUCAGGGUCUGUUAAAUCUCUUUUUCUCUGACUGGGCGACUAAAGACAUUCGUUUCCACCUGCCAUUUUUGUAUAACGUAAUAAGUCAAGCAUUUUAUUCCUACCCACCUGCCCUGGUUCGAUUUCGUAGUCAAAUUCGUGUUGUACAUUUUAUUGGAGCUGAGAAACCAUGGCACACUGAACUGAAUAAGUCUGGACAUGUUAUAGUCCGAGAUCCAACAAAUGCUGGAACUCCAGAAUUCUUGCAGCACUGGUGGAAUUUAUUCACUACACAUGUCCAUCCGAAAUUGACUCCUGACGAGGCUGCUGGUUAAACUACUCACUUUCAGAAUAUUGCCAAUCAAUGUUGCUUGUCCUGAGUUCAAAAGAAAAUUUGGUGAUAUUACGUGAUAUAUCCUAAUGAAUACUAGAAACCACAUGAACAAUCAAAUACUAUUCUGACAGAAGUUACAACUUGAAGUGUUGCAAUAACUGAAGCACAAAAUUCAAGUGAUAUGGUAUGAUAUUCUCAAGAGAAUCUGUUUUUUUUAGGGGUAAGUGAUCAAUAACAUAAUUUUUAAGAAAUUAUUAGAUUCAUACACAUGGUUUAGCCUUUACUUGUUUCAUUAUUACAUCAGGUACGUACGAAUCGUUGCGUCAUGGGAGUCAAAUGAAAAAGAACUGGUUUUGCAGACUAAAACACAAUGUCAGUCAUAUCCUAAGAAUUUCCACUUACCUCUUUGGGUUAAAUUACUG